AUGUCCUCCUACAACGAUAUUUUUGAAAGAGCUGUGCAGGAUCCAUGUUCAGAUGCGUGUGACUGCGAAGAUUCUAUAGCACCUACUGAUGCUACCGUCACCACCACCAUCUCAUCAACAACAAUACCCAUCCCCAUUGCUGCAGACAAUAUACUUUAUAAAAACAUCCCCAAUAGAAGACUCCCGCAAAAAAUAAUUUUUAAUGACGUAUUUGACGAUGAUGCAGACACAGAGGAAGACAAUGCUGAUGAAGAAGAAAACGAAAAAAAACAUACACACAAAUAUACACGUCGACAUAACAGUGAUGAUGCUAAACUAGACAUGACUAAACAUGCAUUACGAAAAGUUAAUACAAGUCCACUCCAUAAUAUCGUAUCUGUCCCACAGAGACCUCAAUUACACAAUAGAGCAAACAGUUGCGCCCUCAUACACCAACUUUCUCGAUCAAAUUCUAAUGCCGCUGCUAACCCAUUGCCCUAUCCAAAAAGGGAGGAUGCCUUUCUAACAAGAACUUCUUCUGCUAAUUACUUUUCUAAUUCUCGUAGCAAUAAUAUUACUAGGAAUAAUAGUUAUAUCUCGGAUUUCCAUUGUAAUUCACUAAGAAGACAGAGUUCUUCUUUGGCUAUUCCCACCCAUAUCUAUGGUUUGGAAAAAUAUGUAUCAAGUGAAUUAGAUGAAUUAUCUUCAUCCUGUGUUGGUCCAAAUACACAGUCCAUAACUACUUCGCCAUCAUCAUCAUCACCAUCACCAUCACCACCACCAUUUAACAGCACUGGUACUAACAGUAGGCAUAAUAAUAAUAGUAAGAACCAUUAUAGCAACAGUAGUGGUUAUAGUCACACCAUUAAAGAAGCAAAAUCUAUAUCAUCUAAUACAACAUCUACUAGAGGCAAAACAUCUGCUUCAAUUCCACAAAAAAUUGAAAAUUCCUCGGACAAUCUUUCGUCAUCUAUAUUGUCACCUACUUCUGUAUUAUCUAGUGCAUCUUCUACAACAUCAACUGACGUUAUAAAUACUAAUAAGAAAAAAUCAACCCCAACUUCCCAUUUAAUAAAAUGGAAAAAUGCAGCAUUAAAAAAGACUCAUGGACUAAAACCAACUAGAAAAUCAUUCAUUAAAGUUUCAUUAGCAAAUUCUUUUGCCUAA